CGCGGUGAAUUGUGAAUGGCUACCACCAUUAAACGUGGCGGUGGCGAGUUUUCUAUCAUAAGUUAGGUUAUAUAUCGUAUGCAUCAAAUCAUACAAUUAUUUAUAAGCUAGUUUUUUAAGGAAAAAACACUUAAAUUUAGUGAAUUUGCAGUGCGAAAUCUUUAAAAAACCACAGACGAACACUUGGCACAAACGAAAGUUACGUGUAAACGUCGUGGCUUUUGUUUAAUUAUUUUGAAAAAUAAUAGAAAAAAAUAAACAAAAACUUUGGCAACUAAAACCAACCCCCAAAAAACACACAACAACAGCAACUAGUGUUAAAUUCAAAGUGUAAACAAGAAGCAAAACAAGCGACAAGCCCACAAAAAAAAAAAGAAAAACAGACACAAACGACAGCAACAAAUUCAAGUCCACAAGUGUAACAUAAACAGCAGCAAAAUUACGUCAAUUAUUGAAAAUAUACCCGGCGCAAUAGCUCACAAUCAUCAAAACAACAUCAUGGAAGAAGAUGAGAGGGGCAAACUGUUCGUUGGCGGAUUAUCGUGGGAGACAACGCAGGAGAAUCUCUCGCGCUACUUUUGCCGCUUUGGCGACAUCAUUGAUUGCGUCGUGAUGAAGAACAACGAGAGCGGAAGAUCUCGCGGUUUCGGCUUUGUCACCUUCGCCGAUCCCACGAACGUCAAUCAUGUGCUGCAGAAUGGACCGCAUACGCUAGACGGUCGCACCAUCGACCCGAAACCGUGCAAUCCUCGUACGCUCCAGAAGCCCAAAAAGGGAGGCGGCUAUAAGGUCUUCCUCGGAGGUUUGCCAUCGAACGUGACGGAGACCGAUCUGCGCACCUUCUUUGGUCGCUAUGGCAAGGUCACCGAGGUGGUCAUCAUGUACGACCAGGAGAAGAAGAAGUCCCGCGGAUUCGGAUUCCUGUCCUUCGAGGAGGAGUCCUCCGUCGAGCAUGUCACCAACGAGCGUUACAUUAAUUUGAAUGGAAAGCAGGUUGAAAUUAAAAAGGCGGAACCGCGCGAUGGAUCUGGUGGACAGAACUCGAACAACAGCGCUGCGGGUGGCGCCUAUGGCAAAUUGGGUAAUGAGUGCAGCCACUGGGGACCGCAUCAUGCUCCGAUUAACAUGAUGCAGGGCCAAAAUGGUCAGAUGGGUGGUCCGCCACUGAAUAUGCCCAUUGGUGCACCCAAUAUGAUGCCUGGCUAUCAGGGAUGGGGCACAUCGCCGCAACAACAGGGCUAUGGCUAUGGUAAUAGCGGACCUGGCUCAUACCAGGGCUGGGGUGCACCACCUGGCCCCCAGGGACCACCACCACAAUGGUCGAACUAUGCUGGGCCACAGCAGACCCAAGGGUAUGGUGGUUAUGAUAUGUACAACUCGACAUCGACGGGAGCACCAUCGGGUCCUUCGGGCGGCGGUAGCUGGAACUCAUGGAAUAUGCCACCCAAUUCGGCUGGACCAACUGGCGCACCUGGUGCCGGCGCUGGCACCGCCACGGACAUGUACUCGCGUGCUCAGACUUGGGCAGCGGGCGGACCAUCGACCACCGGACCCGUGGGCAACAUGCAGCGCACUGGACCAGGCAAUUCGGCCUCUAAAUCGGGAUCCGAGUACGAUUAUGGCGGCUAUGGAUCCGGCUAUGAUUACGAUUAUAGCAAUUAUGUUAAGCAGGAGGGCGCCUCAAAUUAUGGCGCCGGUCCGCGAUCAGCGUAUGGAAAUGACAGCUCCACACAGCCGCCUUACGCCGCAUCGCAGGCCGUUUAAGGAUCGACCAAUCGAUCGCGUGUGUCUCCUCAUCCGUAUCCACGAUCAGCGGUCCCAAGAGGUGAAUGAUGAAGAAGGCAAAAAGAUGGUGGUAAUUGUAAGCUAAAGCGUCGUCUGUUCGUUUAAUAAUUUUUAAAAAGAUAUUUUUUAUUUGAGAUCAGUUGUUGAAAUUAAUUAAUGUAACUUGUGUACACAAAAAAAAAAACAACAAAUAAUUUAAAGAUACAUAUACACACACAACACAUACAAACACACGAAUUCAGCUAAAAUGCAAAUCCCUAGCAAAACAAGGCAGGUUCAUAGAUUUAUAUAUAUAUAUAUAUAUAUAUAGAUGAUAUAUGUAUAAACAAAAAGUAUAUACAUAUAUUCGAUGAGUAUGUAAAAAUUCAUAGAUAAAGAUUGAAAACAACAUCGACAACAAGAAAAAAAGAAAAAAAAAACACAAACAACACUCGGAGCAACAAGAACCUUUUUUAUGCGACCUCCCCUCAAACCCCCCCCCCACACUUUCCUCCCCCAACUAACAAUUAACAGCAACAACCCAACUAAAAAUCGCAAAUACAAGCAUAUUUAAUAGAAAGGAACACAAACAAAACAAAGAAGAAGAAAAGAAAAAUAAUAGAAUUGUGAAGAUUUAAACGUAAUAAGUUACAAGUAUAAAGUUUAGCCAAUUAGACACAAGUAAAGAGAAAAGUGUUCGAAAAAAUACCAACAAUAGAGAAAAUGAGAAAGGAAUUAUACGAAAUUAUACAUUAAAAUACAAAUACAUAAAAAGAUCCAUUUAAUUACUUAAAUUAGUAAAUACAAAAAUUCGAAAUUGUAUAUUUAAAGCGUAAAAUUUGGCAACAAAUCGAAAUCGCGCCACGACCACGCCCACAUGCCUCGCCUGUCCUCCUCUAACGUACAUUUUGGCGACAAGGUGUUAGCGGGAGAAAUUUACAGGGGAAAUACAGUUAAGAGAAGAGAAAAAAUCGCUUGCCUUAGCCUGUGUAAGGACGGGGGAGGAGAAAAACGGGGGCAUGGCAUGGACACAUAGAUACAUGUGUCUGUGUUGGUGUAUGGCGCCGAGAGAGCGUUACAAAAUUAAUAAAUUUACCAUUUAAAGUAAACAACUAGCUAAAAGUUAAACUACAUAUAUAAAGAAACCUAAUUAAUAAGCUUAUGUCGUAUGUCGUUUGCAUGUAAGCGAAAGUUGAACUUGAAACUAGAAUUAUAUAGUGUUGGAAUUAUUAUUUAGUUAACGAAGAAGAUUGAGAACCGCUAAAAAAAUGAUUUAUGAUGAAAAAUUAGAAUCGAAAAAAUCACAAAAAAUACGAAACGCUCUUAAAACAAAUAUACAUAAAGAAGAUGAAAGGAAAACAAAACAAAAAGCUAUAUACAUACUUAUAUACAUCUCUAUAUAUGUAUAUAUAUCUCUAUAUAUAUAUAUAAAAUAAUAUACAUAUAAAUUUAAACAACAAAACGUAAAUUUAAACUACAGUUAAAGCAGAAUAGAAAACAAAAGUCAUAAGAGAAAAUAGAUAGAGAUUGAGAUUGACAGAGAUACUAUAGUGA